AUGGUUUUUUCGAUUCUUAUGCCCUUUUCUCCGGCCACCGUAAGAGUGUACGCCACGGGGGCAAAAGGAAGUGGCAGCAGCACCACCACGAAAGAAGAGAAGAGUAUCAUCGACUUUGUUCUUGGUAGUUUAACGAAGCAAGAUCAAUUUUACGAGACCAAUCCUCUCCUCAAGAAGGUAGACGAGAAAGAAGAAACCACCGGAGGUAACGGUGGCCGGAAAACAGUUUCCGGGGGCAAGAACUCAGUGGCAGUGCCGCAGAAGAAGAACGGCGGCGGCUUCGGUGGUCUCUUUGUAAAGAAAUGA